AUGUUGCCUUCACUAUUGCUGGCCACGACGGCCGCCACUUUGGCAUCAGCACACACCGUCAUCACAUAUCCCGGAUGGCGAGGGAACAACUUACAUACAAAUGACGACUGGCCAUAUGGCAUGCAAUGGCAGUACCCAUGCGGCGGUAUCAAUCUCACAACAAACCGGACAUAUUGGCCCACAACAGGUGGUGCGUUAGCAUUCCAGCCGGGCUGGUUCCAAGGCCAUCAGACCGCAUUUCUUUACGUCAACAUCGGCGUCGGCACCGAUGGACCCGACGGCGGCCCAUUGAACAUGUCCAACCCCAUGGUCCCACCAUUCCAGCUCCUAGGCCCCUCGAACGGGCCAUAUCCCGGCACAGUCUGUCUGCCACAGGUCUCACUGCCGACGAAUUGGACCAUGAACCCCGGCGACAACGCCACGAUCCAGAUUGUGGAAAUCGCUAUGCACGGCGCCGCUUUAUUCUCGUGCGUCGACAUCACCUUCGCCGAACCCGGCGAUGAGAGGAUACCAGUGGUUAACGAGACCAACUGCUACAACAGCUCGGACCUCGGCUUCGCGAGCAUCUACACCAUAACGACGCACGCCAUCGGCGACACGGCCGACCAGAACGUCGCCACUGCCGCCGCAAGCCUGCGCACCGCGGCUCCCUGGCUCGGCUAUCUCCCUGUACUAGCGGGAGCCGCGUGGUUGUUAAUGUAA